UCUCCUGCCGGUAAAAUCAUAAAUAUAAAUGUAAACAUGCCAACUCCUUUGGCUGUAAAAAUUGGCAAGCAAUAGCAAAUUAGGACGCUGUACUUAUAAUUAUUUUUUUUCUUUUGCAUUCAUUUACAAGUACAAUCAUGUCGCAGUACAUGGUACAGUAUUUACAAGAGCUGGAACAGGAGCAAUACGAACCGAAGGAGUUUGUAGAGAGACUGGCAUGGAGAACGCUGCGUGGGUCUUCAGGGGAUGAGAUCGACCCUGACGCGCUACAAAAAACAUUCCAGGAAGCCAUCUACGAGCUGCAGGGAAUGUAUGAGAACUACGAGAUCAAGGUGAGCAGGCUGGAGAGUCAGUGUAAGGAGGAGGAGAGCCGUCACCACCACCACCUGAUGGAGCUACAGCGCGGGCACCAGGACGCGGCACGAGACUUCCAGGGCCUCGACGGGCACAUCAACUCGGUGGCGACGAAGGUGCUCCACCUCGGCGACCAGCUGGAGAGCGUGAACAUCCCGCGCGGCCGUGCGGUCGAAGCCCAGCGACUCAUGUCUUACUUCGACGCGUUCCUCCGCUCGGGGGCGCCACCGUCGGGCGGCGUGUUCGCGGACGCGGGUCGUCUGCAUGAGGCGGCGGACGUCGUGCAGAAGCUGCACCUGAUCGCGCAGGAGCUCCCCGCAGACAACGAGGAAUGUAUAACUGUGUAUAGUCAAGCUGGCUUCUUCAGGAACAAGCGUUCCGUGUUUGCCGUCAUUCCACCGCUGUGCAAAGACACUAGCGACCUCGUGCAGGAAAUAUUCGCAUUGCCGGAGAGCGUCAUGGCAAAGUUUGUUCUCAACGUCUACCACGGCAAACUGAUGGAGCACAUCCAGGCCAAACUAGCAGAUAACAGCAACUCAGAAGUAUACCUGAGGAAUCUCUACGACCUAUAUUCACAGACUGUGAAGCUAUCGGCUGCUCUCUCCACCGUGAAGAUGGGAAACGAUUCGACGUUUCUACCGAAGCUAACCAAGCACAUCUUCAGCAAACACCUGGACACCUACGUCAGCGUGGAGCUGCGAUUUCUGAGGGAGAAGUGUGCCACUAUCCUCCAGCGUUACUACGAUUCCAAGAACCACCAGAAGAAAACGAUACAGUCUGGAGGGAUCUACGACCUUCGGCGCGACCUCCAGCGACACAUCGGCGGUGUGGAGACGUACGGCGGAGAGACGUUCCUGUCAGAGGAAGUCUCCAUCAACAUCCUGCAGGAAUGCAAGAUGGCGCUCCGCCGCUGCCAGACGCUGUGUAAUGCGUCGGAGCUGGCGGGCAGCGCUCAUCAGAUAGUCAUGGUCCUCGACCAGUACCUGUGUCAGGAGCAUCUAGACUACGCCAUUGAGCUCGCACUACAAGCGAUCCCGCAUGACACGUGGCUCCCUCUAUUUCUCGCAGCUAUCCUGCCGGCGGAACCGCAGCAGGGGCCGGACACCAGUGACGCGAGAUGCACAUCGGAGACGAAGCUCGACACGGGGCUGGACAGGUCGCUAAACGCUCAGGUCGGCUGGGUGAAGUACUUGCUGUCCAGCGAACAGAAGAAAGCUGACUUCAAACCGGACGGAGACAGAGGCCUCAUCGCGAACUGCACUCCGGCGUGCAGCAAGGUGGUUCGCUUCGUGGACCGUCUCAUUGAGACGGCACGAGACAGCCUCGACGGCAAGAACGUGGAGGCUGCGCUAACAGAGCUGGGAGUGAGACUUCACCGAGUCAUCUACGAACACCUGCAGCAAUACCAGUACAACACCGUUGGUGGGUGA